UCGGUGUUAGCAUAGAACUGCGCUUUAACUGAACGUUGAAAAAUAGUGACAUGGAGUUCAUGAAUUUAUUCAAUUUAAAUAUGUCAACCAUGAUAACAUGGGCAUUCGGUGCAAUGUCAAAAGAAAAUAACAAUAGUGUCUGUAACACUACAAAUUCGUGCACAUUCGAUGCAACUGCGUGGGACAAACCACAUCGCUUAUCUAGUAUCGUUUUGAUAAUUAUGGUUAUAGUAUUGGGAAUCAUUAUUAUAUUCAUCAAAGCAUUGUACACUGCAUAUACAAGGAGUGCCAUCAUCAUGAUUAUAAUCUUGAAUAUGAUGACUAUUGAUUUUGGAUUAUUGACUGCCUUUGGCGAUUGGAAUCAACUGAUCAUUGCGGCAAUUGUUCUAGUUUCAACAUUGCUUCUUGCUGUUCUAUCUAGUCCAAGAAUGAUAGAAAUUCGUGAAAAAUGGAGGAUGCUAAUAAUUGCAGUUUGCUUAGUAGUAGUGGCAGCUGGAAUUAUAUUCAGCAUUUCAAUUAGGAUUUGGCCUGAGCACAAAACCAAUCAUUACGGAUAACAAGUAGAAUUGCCUAGUAUCCCUAUUGUGAACAUGAAGCUCACAGAACUGUGACUUGACACAAUGCAUGCUCACAAUCAGUCAUUACAUUUAUUAUUGAAUAAUGUUUUGCCGAUGCGAAUCAAAUAUUCACAAAAUGAUAUGACCUGAAAAUUUAUUCUAGUUGCUGUUUCAAAUUUUGUCGGGCGUUUGUUGGUGCAGUGCAGUGCUCAUCAUGAUUAUAAUUACAACAUACUAUAUGACAAAAUACAUCAAAUUGAAAGACAACUCUUUAGUGUAAAUGACUUUUAUACUUUCGGUGGAAAUUAUGAUGAUUUGAUUAUUUCACAUCUUCAUGUCAAUUACUAUUAUUAUUGUUGUUGUCUAAAUGUAAUUGCUGAUUGAAGUAAUUAUUGGCGAUCUUCAUAAUUUGAUUGCUUUUCAUAAAAUC